AUGUCGAACACGUACUUCCUCUUUCAAGAUACAUUUUACAAACAAGUGAAAGGUGCACCCAUGGGAUCUCCACUUUCUCCAGCCAUCGCUAAUAUUUACAUGGAUGAUUUUGAAACCAACGCGAUCGAAUCGUUCCACCUGAAACCUACUUGCUGGCUUCGAUAUGUGGACGAUGUCUUCGUCAUAUGGCCACAUGGACCCGAAACUCUCCAAGACUUCUUUGAUCAUCUGAAUAAUAUAAAUAGCCAUAUCAAAUUCACUAUGGAAGUUGAAACCAACAACUCACUCCCUUUUCUAGAUAUCCUCGUAGCAAAAUCCAACGAUUCCUUCACACACACAAUUUACAGAAAACCAACCCAUACAAACCGCUACCUGAAUGCAAAUUCACACCAUCAUCCGUCUCAAAUCAACUCCGUAUUGAACUCCUUAAUCCAUAGAUCUAUAAAACUGACAGAUAGCCUACACAUUACACAAGAAAUCAACAUCCUCCAAACCGCCCUACAACAGAAUGGCUACAACAGUCAACAAGUUCAGAAAGCCAUCAACCGACAUCAGACCCAAACACAACAGCCCAAAAAUCCUCCAGAAAAUUUCCCUCAUAAAGGUUUUCUACCUUUCAUCGAACGCGUCACUGACAAAAUCAGUCGCAUCCUACAAAAACAGGACAUGAAAACAGUUUUCACAGCCGAUAACAAAAUUUCCAAAUUUCUUAGAACUCCAAAAGAUACGAUCGAUAACGAGUCUCAAGGUGUAUACGAGAUACCAUGUUCCGCAUGUUCUAGAACAUACAUAGGACAAACCAAGAGACAAAUAACUAACAGAGUAUAUGAGCACCAACUCGCAAUACGCCAAGGAGAUCCAACAUCUGCCCUAUUCAAACAUUACUCUGAAAUGGGACAUAACGUUGAUUUUGAGGGAUGCAAGACCAUCUCUGCAGAGAAAACCCUCACAUGUAGGAUAAUCCGUGAAGCACUCGAGAUCGAAAAACGACCCAAUUGCCUCAACAAACGGGAUGAUGGUCAAAGAUUACCCAACACUUGA